UCCAUUUCAUUGCGAGGAUAUCUAUCGAUAACUAUCGCGUUUUGAACUGAUGCUUAAAUAAUUAUUUUUGAAUGUAAGGUUAAAUUUACAACAUAUUUUGUGGGGGCUGUGAGCUGCUAAAAUAUAACAUUGAGAAACUAUAGUGAGAAUUCUAGCAAGUUCCAGAGAAACUCUAGCAAUUAUUGGAGGGAGAAGAACGAUCGGAAUACAUAUAUCCUGCAUGAAGUCCACGAUUUCUUGGCUUUAAAUGAAUACCAACGGAAUCAACAACCUGGCUAUAUUUUUAAUAAAUAAAGACAAACACGAAUAGGCCAAUACGGCUCAUAUAUGCAGGAUCGUAUGUGUAUGGAGGUGGCGUUCUGUUAAUAUCGAAGGAGUGUACCGAGAGAGCGAAAUGCUGCGGAUGCUGUCCAUGCGCAGAGCCUGCCCUGACCUACAUUCGAAUUUAUUGGUCAUCUAAGGCAGCCACAGCCAAAGGCAUUUACAAAAAAAUAAAUACACACGCAACGCGAGAAGGUUAAUAAUCGUUUACUAGCCGUUGUUUUUGUAAAAAAAAUUAUUUUCAAAAACUUAAAUGCACAACAAAACAGCCAACACUGACGUAAACCUAACAUCUGCUGCAUUAUGCCUUAACUUAAUGCUUAAUCGAUAGAUAUUGACCAAGAAACAUAGUCAAAAGUGGGAAAUAAAUUUUCCCUGUCUCUGCCGUGACUGUCCCGACGCAUAGAGACGAUGAGGCUGUCCGGACUGGCACUUACUGAUGCAGUUGGAUCAAAAUAGAAACGGUUACAGUCAAGUGAAUACGAAUGUGCAUAUCGUGCGUGAUGAGAUCUAGAUUAUUUUGGAUAUUUGCAAUUAUAUACUCAUCACUACAUCACAUUGGGUCGGGAUCUACUUCGACAACAUUAAAGCGUCCCAGAGCCGGCGAUCCCUUCGACACGUUCCCGAAGAACUUCUGGCAGGAGUUCUCCUCGCCGUUCACAGACACGCCGGAAGAUGAGGAGCUGGAGGUCACCGAGACGACCACGCACGAGCCGUUCCCCUUCUUUGCUGAUCCCUAUACGACGGUUAAUAUAAGCACCCAGCUCUCCUCGAACGUAUAUCUGCACUGCCGCGUCAAUGACCUGCAGGGCAAGACGGUGUCGUGGAUGCGGCGUCGAGGCGAUGACCUCACCCUGAUAACUUUCGGCCAGCACACCUAUAGCGGCGACUCGCGCUACUCGCUCGAGUUCGAGGAGCCUAACGACUGGAAGCUUCUCAUCCAGUUCGCCAAUGAGCGGGAUGAGGGUCCGUACGAGUGUCAGGUCUCCUCGCAUCCUCCCCUGGUACUUCUCGUAUAUCUAACUAUAAUUGUUCCUCAUGUGGAAAUUCUUGACGAGAGAGGAUCGGCCACACCGGAGAAGUACUACAAGGCUGGCAGCACCAUCGAGCUGCAGUGUGUCAUCUCCAAAAUUCCACAUCCAUCGUCCUACAUCACCUGGCGACACGGGCCCCGUCUGCUCAACUAUGACACCAGUCGGGGUGGCAUCAGUGUGAAAACGGAUAUGCUACCUGGACGGGCCCUGAGUCGCCUAUACAUUGCCAAUGCGAAUCGACAAGAUACCGGGAACUACACCUGUAUGCUGGGCAACGAGAUCACGGAGACGGUUGUAGUACAUGUGCUUAACGGUGAGGAGCCAGCCGCAAUGCAGCACGCGAACGGGACUCGCCACGGUGCCAGGCCCUCAAAUAUGGUUGUGUUUUUUCUAUUGUACGUAUACGCGUGUGUUUGCGGAAUGGCGGUGGCGGUGGGCCACCCGAUCGGGCGAUGACGAUCUAGUGGCAUCUGUAAGGUGAAAACACAGGUAGGUGGUCGCUACACAGCAGAGUUACAGUGAGGGAAAUGCAUACACCAGAAAAUCUUGUCCAGAAUUGCAUUUUUGACUUUUACUCUAAUCAUGGGUUGUUUAAUAUACGAUAAAUAGCAUAAAAUGAAUACUGAAUACAUACUAGAUUUAAGUCGCAAAUCGAAUGAUAAAAAACAAACAAACAAUGUGAGAGCUCGUAUGUAUUUAUAUUAUAUAAGGGCGUACGCGAAUAUAUGUAGAACAUGAAAUUGAUUUUGAAAAUUCUAGAGCAUACAAUUAUUGUCAUAAUCUCAACGUACUACAAAGGCCGUGUUUAUGUUGGCUAAAUAUUAAUCAUAUAUUAUAUGUAUGUACGUGUGUAUGUCUGUAUACAUCUCGUAUUCGUUUUGAUCCUGUCAGCUUAUACAUCAUUAUGCAAGCAUAUGUACAUAUUUAUAUAUGUACAUGGAUGUAUACUUAUCUAGAUUUGUACAGGCUAAUGUAUUUGUCAGUAGGAGCCGGCCAAUGCACUUUCAGUUCCACCUAAAUCAUUUUUUCGAAGGCUAAUCCAUUAUGCUUCUAAUACGCUUCUAAUCCAAGGCCUUGUGAAAAAUGAUUUUAGCUUCUGGAAAUCAAACAGCAUAUCAGUUGGGAUCAUUUUAAUCGUAAUAAUUACACUGUGCUACAGUGGCCUUUUACUUUACACCAAACCAAAAUUCUGUUGUAGACCUGUUCCAGUAAAUCUCUUCCUUGGAAUUUGCAAUAUACAUAAUCCGAUAAUCGAUUUU